AUGGUCGUGGUAAUCAACAAAAUAUGCGAAAAUGCAACGCGUGAUGAUAAUGAAUCGAGUGAUUCAAAUACUCAAUGGAACUAUGGACGUUCCAACAAUGGAUCCCAUGGAGGACAAUUUAUUCAACGAGGACAUACGGAUGAUGAUUCGAGACCACAAGGGAUAAUGUUAUUCCAACUCAACAACUAUCGUGGUAUCCACUUGGACAGUGGAUCUACUUUUCAUUUGCGAACAAGUGAACAUGACUUUAAGGAAGGAACUCUGCAAGGAAUUGAUGGAGGAUUUCAUUAUACCUCUAAUAUACAGGAAAGAAGACUUUAUCGAGAAGGCAUCAACAAAGUAUUUGAUUCUGUGUGUAAGCUUGACACACGAGCUAGCGACAACAUCAACAGUUUGUCGAACAUGGUAAAAGAUGGAUUUGAUGUAUUUAUGGACACAAAGAGAGAGAACAGCUUCUUUGUGACUAGAAACGGGAUUACAUGGCGAUUUGGACAUCGCAAUGGAUUAUAUACUUUGGUUGACGAACCUGCUAUGGUAACAGCAAUGUUCCAUGACCAUGCACGUGGACUUGAUAAUAAUGAUGUGCAAGGGUACUGUGCUCUACAGAGUGUGGAGAAGAACAAAGAGGGUUUCACAAACAAACAAGUGAAACGAGCAAAUGUUGCACAAAGUGGCUAUCAUAUGAUGGGGGCACCUGGUGCAGAACUAUUCAAGUUGGCGAUUCG